CGCCGCUGCUACUGCCUGUCUGCCUGGUGACGGUGCGUGCUUGCGUGCGUGAGUGCGUGCGCGAUCUCCUUUCCGCUCGCGCCGUGCUGCUGCUCUUCAAUGUAGCAAAGACCAUGACAGGCAUCGCCGCCGCCUCCUUCUUCUCCAACAUUUGCCAGUUCGGGGGCUGCGGACUGCACUUCGAGUCGCUGGCCGAGCUCAUCGUGCACAUCGAGGAUAAUCACAUCGAUACAGAUCCUCGUGUGUUGGAGAAACAGGAACUGCAGCAGCCCACAUAUGUCGCCCUCAGCUACAUUAACAGGUUUAUGACAGAUGCUGCGCGACGCGAGCAUGAAUCACUGAAGAAGAAAGUUCAGCCAAAGCUGUCACUCUCACUGACGGGCAGCCUGUCACGCAGCAGUGUGGCCACACCCCCUCGACACAACAGCGGCAACCUCACCCCGCCUGUGACUCCGCCCAUCACACCCUCAUCUUCAUUCAGGAGCAGCACCCCGACAGGCAGCGAGUAUGAUGAGGAAGAGGCAGAAUAUGAAGAGUCGGACAGUGACGAGUCAUGGACAACCGAAAGUGCCAUUAGUUCCGAAUCCAUUCUCAGUUCAAUGUGCAUGAAUGGCGGUGACGAGAAACCCUUUGCAUGUCCUGUGCCUGGAUGCAAAAAGAGAUACAAGAAUGUGAAUGGUAUCAAAUACCACGCCAAGAACGGUCACCGCACUCAGAUCCGCGUUCGCAAGCCCUUCAAGUGCCGGUGUGGUAAAAGCUACAAAAGCUCUCAGGGGCUCCGACACCACACCAUCAACUUCCACCCGCCGGUCUCUGCAGAGAUUAUCCGCAAGUUGCAGCAGUAGAGAGUGCCAACACACACACACACACACACAUGCAUAUGUACAGUACAAACCAAACACCUCCACCUCUGCACCAGCAGCUUCAGCUGUCCAUCAACUGACCUGACUUGUUCUCCUUUUUUUUUUUUUUUUUUUGGAGGACAUCCAAAACAAAACCUUUGUCUGGAGGACGCCUUUCUCUCUACUUUACUCUGACGAGUAAGACUCUUUUACCUUCCCCUCCAUUCCACUUCUCAUGAGGAGGAAACGUUAAUCUUUUUAUACUCCUCUUCCUCAAGGAAGACUCCGUGAAUCCUCAUAUCAUUCCGUACCUCUAUGAGGAUUGGACCAUCCUUCAAAACACUACACUCCCAAUCGCAUGCUUUAAUUACAUUAUAUAUAUAUAUUUUUUUUUUCUUUGCUUAUUUGUAUGCUAUCAGAGUUCAAGGUUUUGUAUUUUUGCACAUUCGCAUUUAUUCAGUUUCUUUUCCUCGUCUUAUUUUUUAUUCAAGGUGCUUUUUGUAAAACAUGGCGCGUUUUUGAAAAAAGAGAGAAUCAUGUGUAGAUAACCAGCCCUCACACUGAAUGCUUUAGUUCUGUGUUUCUCAACCAUGUUCCUGUAGGACUACCAGCUCAGCACAUAUUCCUUGUCUCCUUAAGCAAACACACCUGAUUCAGAUCAUCAGCUCAUUAGCGGAGACUGAAAAACCUGUAAUAGGUGUGACAGACAAAGGAGACAUCCAAAACAUGCAGUGCUGGUGGUCCUCCUGGAAUAUGGUUGAGAAACAUUGCUCUAGUUUACUCCAGAAUUAAAGUUGUCAUCAUUUUAACAUCCACUUGAAGACAUUUUUCAUAAAUCUGAGUGAUCUGUUUAUUCAUUGGAAGUCAGUUUAAAAAUGUUUGUAAAGAGCUAACAAUAUAAUCAUUUGGAGUGGUUUAUCCAAGUUUUCUAUAGAAACACAAUUGCUUUUAAACGCUGUUAACAUUGCUUGCUCAUUAGUGUUUGUUUAUAUGUCAAUAAAAUCGUUUUAUAAAGCGAUUGUGUCUCUUCAGGAGACUUGGAUUACACUUUUUAAUCCAUAUGGAUUUAUUUCUGACCUCUUCAUUGAAGAUUUAGUGUUUUGUGUUAAAAGACUUUCAAUACAUGAACAGAUUUUAGAAAACAAAAUCUUUAUGUAUUCGGUUUUGAGGAUUUAGAAUGAUUUUGGGGUGAUCUAACAAUUUAAAGGAUAGUCCACCCAAAAAUUAAAAUUCUGUCAUAAUAUGUAUCCUUCAUUUUGUCCAAAAUCUGAGAUUCUUUUUUCUUAACAGCCCAUUAGAAGACAUUUUGAAGAACAUGGGUAACCAAUCCAUUGUUAGUCCCCAUUAAAUAAUAUUUUUUUUCCUAUAGAAGUCAAUGUGUUUUCAACAUUCUUCAAAAUAUCGUCUUUCAUGUUCAGAAGAAAAAAAGAAGCUUGUACAACUUUGAAACCUGAGUUCUUCGGACUCAGGUUGCAACUUUGGCGGGUGAGUAAAUAGAGUAUAGGUGUUCAUUUUUAGGUGAACUAUCCCUUUAAGGCCUGGGUGUCAAACUCAGUUUCUGGAGGGCCGCAGCUUCGCACAGUUUAGUUCUAGAAUAGUCUAGUUUUGGCCUAUUCUUUGACGUCUAUUAGAUUUUCACUGACAGCCCAAAUUAAGCCUUGUUUUAGCCAAGACGACUAUGUUUAGACGUCUAUUAGACAUCUUUUAAAAACAAAAAAAUGUUUGCUGGGUUACCUGUAGGUUUCAAAAAGGACCUAAUUAAUUUGAUCAGGUGUGUUUAAUUGGAGUUGGAACUAAACUAAAGGCCAAGUAAAACAAGGCUAAACUUGGGCUGUCCGUGAAAAUCUAAUAGACAUCUAAAAAUAGCCCCAAACUAGACUCGUCGUCAAGUAGACAUAUUAGACAGACUUUAUAUGUGUAGUCAUUCAUUUCUGUUUAUUUUAUGACUUGUCUAUUUUUGGCCUAUUUUUAGACGUCUAUUCAAUUUUCACUGACAGCCCAAAUUUAGCCUUGUUUUACGCAAAACAACCAUGUUUAAACGUCUAUUAGACAUCUAUUAGACAUCUUUUAAAAACAAAAAAAAUGCUUGUUGGGUUACCUGUAGGUUUUAAAAAGCCUGAAGGACCUAAUUCAUUUUAUUUUUAAUUAGAGUUCGAACUAAACUUAAGACCCAAGUAUAGCUAAAACAAGGCUAAUCUUUAGCUGUCAGUGAAAAUCUAAUAGACAUCUAAGAAUAGCCCAAACCUAGACUAAUUUCUGUCUGCUUGAUGACUAGUCUAGUUUUGGCCUAUUCUUAGACGUCUAUUAGAUUUUCACUGACAGCUCAAAUUUAGCCUAAGACGACUAUGUUUAGAUGUCUAUUAGACAUCGAUUACAAACAAAAAAAUGUUUGCUGGGUUAACUGUAGGUUUCAAAAAGCCUGAUGGACCUAAUUAAUUUGAUCAGGUGUGUUUAAUUAGAGUAGGAACUAAACUGUGCAGAGCUGUGGCCUUCCAGGAACUGAGUUUGACACCUGUGAUUUAAGGAUUCAGUGUGUGCUGUGUGCGAAAUCGAAAGAAAAGAGCGGCCUAAAAAGUUUGAAUGUUUUGUAAUAUACCAAUAUCUACCCUUAUAUAAGCAACAUUCAUAGCUACAGAUAGUGUACAUAACUAUAUUCUAUACGCUCUUAUAAGUUGAAAAUCUAUAUUUUAUUCUUAAGUUGUAUUUUUAUCUGAACUUCAGAGAUCGAUAUCGAUUGAUUACGGAUGUGCAGUUUGUUUUUUUCAGUAGAGCUUUCGCCCCUUUCUGUUAAUCUCAGAAGAGUUGACUUACAGCACCAAAUGACUCUCAGGUGAAAAACAAAAACCAAUCGCCAGCAUUUCAGAAGCAGAAUUAGAACCCUGCCCAGUUUAAUAGUAUUUUUAGAAUAGGCUGUUACACGUUUCCCAGACGCGCUGUGGUCGGAGUGUUCCAAAACUCCAAAGCAAUCUUCAGGCAAACAAUCUAAAGCACUUUGUAGUGACCAAUUGCCAACCUGUUAGGGCAUUUUGUAUUGCCAACAAGACUGAUGUUGCGGAAUAUUAUCCACGAGGAUCAGCUGCAAAAUUCAAAGGACUAAUAAGGCACUUUGGAGGUUUCCGUUUCUGAGUUUAUUUUAUUUUAAGUUUGUUGUUCAGCUAAGGGAAUUCAUUCUUUCGCUAUACCUCCAGUGUGCUUGUUAGUUGUGAGAUUAUUGAAACUGGUUGCCUUGAAUUGUGGUUCACCACAGCAUUCCAGUACAGUAUAUGUGUAGCCAAGUGAUUCAGAUUGUGUGUUUGCCUCGAUUCUGGCUCAUCUUUGGUGUGACUCUUCUACUUCUAGCUUGUCUUUGGGAAGACGCGCAGUUCAAGUGUAAUACCUUGAGUCAGAAAGGUACUUGUUUUAUUUGUUUUUAGACUCGCGUGAGGUAGAAAUGAGUCACUUCAAGUUGAAGGCCAGAUCGAGGCCUGCCGUUACGACAUCACUGCAUGGGUGUUAAUGUUGUUGGAAGUGCAGUGUGGGUUUAGAUGCAGAGUUGUUACAGUAUUACACUGCCAGUACAGAGGGAAGUAUUUGAUAUAUUGUGUACUUAAUGUAUUGUCUCGCUGUGCGUGCUUUAAAUUAUAUUUUCUUAAGUUUCUGGAUGACAGUGUUCCUACAUGUAAUGAAGUGAAGACACCAGGGACUGUUUCUGAACUGGUGACAUUUUCUGCAACAAAAUGUAAAUGAAAAAAAAAGCUGCUUUGUAAAUGUAAACCUGGUUACAUUUUAAAUAUUAAAAUGGCCUCUGAUAUGUUUUAAGAA